UUACCUACAACGAAAGGCAGAUUAUAAGUGUGCAGCCCCGAUGAACUUUGGCCAAUGUAUACACACAAACGUACCACGACCCAAUCGAGCUAUAGAACAUUGCAUUUUCGCUCCUCAAAAGUUGGUAAACUCGUUUUAUGAAUGGUCGGCUUAUAAAUGGAAGAACAAUGCCCAGAUUUUAAACACCUGAUUCCUUCCUCUCCCCACCCUUGUGACAAAUAGCCGCGUUAGCUUUUCCGUGUUUAAGACCUCCCGGAUGCAGAAAGGUGCUUGGCUGCAAAGAAGACUGCUCCAAACAUUGGGUUGGGUUGGGCGGCCUCGAUCUGUAAAUAAUUCCCCCCGGGAGUGUGUUCUAGCCGGUUCCCAAGCGGAGGUGUGCAUUGGGAUCCUUCUGAUACUGAUCAUAUACAACUACUGGUUCCUCUACAUCCCUUAUUUGACAUGGCUUUACUUUGACUGGCGUACCCCAGAGGAAGGAGGCAGGAGAUCCAACUGGGUCAGAAGCUGGACCGUUUGGAGGUACUUUAACGACUAUUUUCCAAUUCAUCUCAUCAAAACGGGGGAUUUGGAUCCAAGUCACAACUACAUAUUUGGGUUUCACCCCCACGGAGUGUUCGUGGCUGGAGCCUUCGGAAAUUUUUGUACCAAUUAUUCGAACUUCUCGAAGCUGUUUCCCGGCUUUACUGCGUACCUGCACGUGCUCCCCAUUUGGUUCCGGUGUCCUCUCUUCCGAGAAUACCUGAUGAGCAGUGGGCCAGUCUCAGUUUCCAAGAAAAGUCUGUGCCAUGUGCUGAGCAAAGAGGGAGGUGGAAACAUUUCCAUCAUUGUCCUUGGGGGUGCAGAGGAGUCGUUAGAUGCCCAUCCUGGAAAAUUCACUCUGUUCAUCCGCAAGCGGAAAGGAUUUGUGAAAAUUGCUUUGACCCAUGGUGCUGAUUUGGUCCCCGUGUUUUCUUUUGGUGAAAAUGAACUAUUUAAACAAGUUAGCAACCCUGAAGGCUCGUGGCUUCGUAUGGUGCAGGAAAAACUGCAGAAGAUCAUGGGGUUUGCUUUGCCACUGUUCCACGCCAGAGGAAUCUUUCAAUACAGUUUUGGCCUAAUGCCCUAUAGGAAACCUAUUCACACUGUUGUUGGCCACCCAAUCCCUGUUCAGCGGACUCUGAACCCAACCUCAGAGCAGAUUGAGGAGCUGCAUCAGACUUAUAUGGAGGAGCUCAAGAAAUUAUUUGAGGAGCACAAAGGGAAGUAUGGUGUUCCAGAGAAUGAAACUCUUGUCUUUAAAUAGCCACACUCUGACAAGGAGGAUGACCGAACAUCCCAUUGAGAGAAUAAAUAUUUUAAACAAGUUUAUUUCUUUUCUUUGACUGUGGAAUCAAACUUACAACUGAAAAGUAUUGUGUACAGUGACACGUGGAUAUGUAUUUGUGGUAAAUAAAAAUACAACGUGUGACGAUAGGAUACGGUUAGAGAUGACUAAGUCUUUUAAUCAUCUUCCUCAUUUAGGAAGGUGAAAUCAUUUUACAGGUUAAGAAACAGGUUAGAAUUAUUCAUGUGCCCUAAAGAAUGACAGCUUCAAAAAACAAUAAUUAGACUCUUUUACUAAAUAUCACAAGAAUUUAAGGUGUUGCUUUCACUAAGUAUGUAAGCGAUUGUUCAGCACAACUGGGACAUUUAGGAGACGGUGUGUAAAAUAAUUUGCCAUAUAGAGCUAAAGGUGAUAAUUUAAUUUGUUUUGCUUGAACAGACCAUUUGUUAGUGAAUAAUGAUAUGUUUAAGACUGAGCUCAUUUGAUCCUUUAGGUCGUGUCAACCAACGAAUUUUUAUACAACAGUGCAGAAUUUUUACAUGGUUUUCAAAAAUAGGAUGAAUCGGUCAUAUGGAAACCCAUGUGGAUAAGAGCAUGUCUCCUCAUUUCUGUUCAUGCUUAGAAAUAUCCAUCUUCGUCAUGUGCUUAGAAAUAUGUUCAUUUGCUACAGACAAGGAGGUCUUUUGGAAGACAUGCUUUUGCACAUGUUUUAGGACACUGAAAUUGCAAAAGGUUUUCUUGGUAAUAGAAAUGGUUUUAAUAUUUUCUUCCCAAAUGGCCUCUUUGAAUAAGACAAGCUCUGAAAGAAAGUGCCCUCUCUGGUGAGGUGUGUCCAGUUCUCAGUUGCCUCAGGUUGCAUGUGUCUCCUCUGAACCAGGUCCGUGAGAGCAGGAACCUUGUCCAUCCUGUGCACUGAUGUGUCCCUCUGCCUGGGUCAGCUCAUGACACUUAGUAGGCACUAAGUAAGUAUGUGUUUAAUGAAUGUGUUUAUAGAUAAACACACAAACUUUGCCAUAAGGUGAAGAAUUUUUAAAGCUAUGCCAUAACAUGAAACCUAUUAUAAGGCAAGACCCACUUUCCGAUGGAGAUAAUUUGCUAUGUCUUGCUUGCCCCGUGCCAGGAAUUUUGACAGUACAGAAGGCUGGCUUGUAAGGAGCGAGUCAAAAGGAGGCUCCUGAUAGUAAGCCUCUAAGGGUUAAGUAAUUAUCCAGUAAGUAAGAAGAAUGUCUACUUUCCAAAUGUUCUCCAUUGCUAGGUGUUGCUUCUAUACUUUUUUUCACUCUAGAUAUUUGGGGGCAACUUCAUGGAGUUGUUCUAACUAAUUGGUCAAUAUCUUCAGGCCUCUAAUGUUUAAAACAUCGAGCCCUGGGCUAGAGGCUGGAUUGGGUUCAACAACAGCCAAAUGAAAUCUUGCUGGAUAAUGCCUUGAGUAGGAAAGCAUUUCACACACAAAAAACAUGAAACUUCUCGAUUGUUCUCCAUAAGGUUUUUGGGCCAACACCUCUCUGUCUUCAUGCUGGUUGAGCAAUCCAGGAGUCCAUUAUUCAUGGCCUAGAAAUUAGAUCAAUUUUUUUUGUCAAAGCAGGGAAUAGUACAUGAUCUAUUUUAUUAGAUGCAGAAAAAUCAACUAUAAAUCUGUUUUGGUAUUUCUCAGUACCAAAAAAAAAAGAGGAAAAGGAGCACCAUUUGCACAAAAUGACACCCUCUGAUCAGGGUUCAGUCUUUCAGAAUAAACUAUGAGGCCCAAAUCACCACAACUAAAGGCCUUUAAGUGAUUAUAAAACCCAUGAAUUUCCUUGCUUUGGAGAAGUUUAUUAACAGUUCAUGACACAUAAUCUUUUGCAAUGUCACAAAGGUAUGAAUUUUAAUCUCUUCACUUGGGAGUGAUGGGGCCAAGCUGACCCUGAACGUCAGCUGGCUUGUCUAGCGAGCAGUUAGAGCCCAGGUGGAGUAACACAGAGGCACUGAAAAAUGAGGGAAGUUCUGCUCAGAUGAGUUUACUUAGAAUUUUGCCAUUUAGAAAAUCUAGAUACCAGCAACUUUAAUUUUGGCAUACCUGAAAUCUUAUUUUUUUGGUGCAUAUUAGGGAGUUUAUCUCUUCCUUUCUUAGGGCUCCCAGAGGUUGUCAGUUCCACAUAGUCCUACAGAUUGCAAAUACAUUUUUUGAUGUUAAUUUUUGCUACAACACAAAUGUGGGCCAUAUAUUAUGUUUACUAGGUUGGUUUGACGGAGAUCUCUAUUUUAAAGGUACUUUGUUGAUUACACAAUUGCACAUAAAAUUUAAGCAGCAAAGCAAAACAAUGACCAUAACCCCAGAACACUGGAAGAGACGCUGGGCUCAUUACCUUGAGAAAAUGUGCAUUUAUGCCGUUUGAUUUGGACAUUUCUUUCUUCUGUUUCCCUCACACACCCGGGUGCAGGCUGAGUCAUUUCCUUUGUCUGGCAGCUAGAACCAUUGAAGUGGUCUAUAUCUGGCUAAGUCUGUUAUGCUCACGUUGAAGGGUGCAUCUUUGAUGAAGGCCAGCCAGUUUUGCUCUGUCCCCAGGGAAACUGGGCAAAGGACGCAGCAUGAUUUGCACCAACCCUUCCCCAUGAUUGUGAAAACAAUCAAAGUGUAUAUACUUCAGGGAUGAUGGGCGAGCCUUCUUCGUAUGCAGAGGGUUAAAAAUAAAUUCCCAUGGCUGGUAGAAGGUACAUUUCUGUCAUGGGAAGCACAGGAGGUGGAAUCUACAUGAGAUGCCCCCGCUUCUGUAAUUUUACGUCUCUUCCAAACUACCUCCCUGAUGCCAAUUACCAAAGUCUGUGAUAAAUAUGAAAACAUAUGUGGGGUGCAUUCACUGUGUCCUCUUUCCCUCUGAUGGGAGACAAUGUGGAUGGGAUUUGUUGAUGGGAUGUUUUUUUCCAAUAGCCCAAGAUUGCUAGUUCCCAUACCUGUAUUUUUUAUACUACAUGACAAAAUGUCUAUUUCUGGUGCUGGGAGAGUGGCUUCAAGUAAACUUUAUAUAUCUUUUUUAAAGAAGAAAAACAAAACAACUUUAAAAUAACCAACUAGUUGCACCCGUUUCUCUAGGAAGUCGUUCUUUCUAUUAAAAGCCAACGGGUUUCUUGAAUACCUUCUGUUUGGAUUUCUGAAAUCAGUCCUUCCCAAACACCUUCAGCUUAGUGCCUUAAUAUCUUAAAUGAGAAGGAGAAAGUUUAUCCCAACCCAUAGUUAACCCAUGGGACAAUGAGUUCCUCACUGGCAGACUCUGUCUCGUGUGUGUUUUGAACGUGGUCCCACCAGCAGCCCUGUAGCAGCCUCUCAAUGAAUGCUUGUGGCACGAACCUGGCAACUCGAAGGAUUGUGUCACAGAAGCCACGUUUCAGAGCCAGAGGGGACCUUAUAGUGUCAGUUAUUCCUCCUACAGAUGAGGCAUUGAGCCCCAGGGAGGUUUCAUGCGGAUCGGACCUACCCCGUGAUCACGUUAACUCUGUUCUAGAUUGAACAGGAGGGGAAGCUUUUCCAUGAUUGUUGAUUAAUAAAACCCAGGAGGCCUCCUACAAAACAGAAGUGUCAGGAAAGUCGAGUCCGAUUAAAAAUACACUUAAAGCAAGGGAUUUGAUAACUCUCAAGCCAGCUCUGUCGUGCUGGGGUUGAGGACAUUUUUCUUUCUUGAGACGAGUACACCACAUUGUUGAUUUUUCCCUUUUGCAAGAGCUAUUUUGGGGAUGUGUCCUGGACAAAGUCCAAGUAGUCAACCACAAGCUUAGCCACUAGAGCCUUUUGUAUUGGAGCAGCAGGACAGGGCAAGGUGCCUAGGCCCAGGAUGAGUGACAGGCCCUGAAAGGGUCUUCCCUCCCAGUCGUGUUGUGACCACUAGUGCAGCACAAAGCAAUCCUGUUAUUCAGACAGAGGUGGCCAUAGAGCUGUCAACUCACUGACAGCCCUAAGUCCCAAGUCCAUUCUGGCUCCAGUCUCAUCCAGCUGGGUUGUCACAGCUGCUGCUUUUUUUUUUUAAAUAGCUCUUAGAUUCUGGUUAAGAAUUAUCGUAGGCUCUCUUGAGAAUAUACAUAAAUCUGACCUUCCUGGUAUUCUGAAGGGCUGUGUAAUUCUCCCCAGCUCCACUUCCAGACCAACUUGGAGCCUGGGUCUUUCUGGUUGGAUUCUAAAUGCCCCAGUGCAGGGGUGCAGUCAUGUCAAGACAACCAGAGAACCUACCUGUCCCACUCUUUUCUACUCUCCAGGCUUCUGUUUCAAAUAAUCCUUUAGCCUCUGGUCCUCCACCAUCUGGGGGAGCUGGGCUCAGUUCCUCCCCAUGUAAAUCGAGUGAGGAGUGAAUGAUCUCCAAGGCCCCUCUAGCUCUAGCUCUGUGGUCUCUGCUGGCCUUUCUUCCGUUAUCGUAAUGACAUCUAGUUGGAGAUGUAAGCUUGUCUGACAACUGCCUCCAAGACAUGCAGCGAGUUCAAAUGAAUGUCUCACUUCCUUGGUAUAUAUAAAACAUAAGCUGCUACUGAAAUUGCUCCAGCAUCACAGUGACCUUUAGUCAUGAUGUUGCUAAGAAAUAAUUUAAUCCUCUAAAUGAAAAUAGGAGAAAUUGAUCAAGGAGUCUUCUUCCUUGAUAUCGUUCAAAACUAUGAAUCGACAGUUUAUUGUUAAAACCUUUAUAGGAGACGGUGCAUUUUUGUAUUUUCUAUCUUGUUAUGUGUCACUGUGUGCUUUUGAAAAGCUCUCGGUUUGUGAAGUUUUGACCAAUAAAUGUGUUUUCUGCCUGA